AUGUACGUCUUCCCAGCUAACGACGACGGUUAUCGUAAACGCAAGAGGAUUCAUAAAGCUUGUCAGCAAUGUAACCGGCGAAGGAAAAGAUGUAGUUUCCCAUAUGGAAGCACCCGUUGUGCUCCCUGUGAACGUGCAAAUAUUGUCUGUAGUUUAGCUCCAGAUUUCAUUGUUCCAAGAGGAAGUUUCCCUAGCAAAGUCAAUGGAGAAGAUUCUGAAGCAUCAUCAUCAUCGGCCAAUCCAUCAGCAGACAAUACAAACAAUAAUAUUAAUAAAAAACCUACUACUACUACGGUUCCGGCUUCUCGGCCCGGAACACCAACCACAGUCAAAUUUAAAUCAACCAACACACCAAUUGUAAAUCCACCCAAAUCACAGCUACAUCAAGCACAAAAACCAUCAUCAUCUGCUCAACCUCCAGCUGCUUCAAACCAACCUCCAGUAACUGCUUCUUUAAAUCAUCAACAUCAACAUCAACAUCAACAUCAUCAACAACCACAACCACAACCACAACCACAACAACAACAACAACAUAUUCAUCCACAACAGCAACAACAACAACAACAGCAACAACAACAACAACAACAGCCUCUGGGAAUACCACAAACAGCUCCUUCGUACUAUUCAAACGGUCAAUAUAACCAACCAUCACAUCCUCCCAAAAUACUGCAACCACCUCAAUCAGAAUCCAUCGGCAUUUGGGUCAAAAGUGCCCUGGAUGGCCAGAAAAUCAACCAUGCACUCCAAUACUACCUCAACUCCAUCGAAGCAUACCUCAUGCCCCUGCGCCCAAAUAGAGAUGCCCUCAUCUCCAUCUACUGCCAAUCAAUUCACCCUAUUCUUCCAGUCCUUGACAAGGAUCAAUUCCUCAAACUCCACUCCAUUGGACAGGCCCCUACUUUACUUCUCCACGCUGUUCUUCUUGUCGCAGCCCGCCAUCCAAGCGCAUGCCCAUUUCUAGGCCAACAAACUGUGCGCGAGUUUUGUGCAAUCACUGCAGAAAAAAUUCGUGCUCUUUUAUUUGCAGAAGUCGAACAAGAUAGAUUAACCCUUGUCAGAGUCUACGCUCUUCUUAGUCUUCAUUCAGAAGGCCCAGAUGGCUUGGAAAAUAGUUGUAGUGACUUGCAAAAAUCUGUUCACUACGCACAGUCCCUUGGACUCCAUCACAACCGGCCCUUUGCCGACCAAGACGAGCUACGCAAUAUUUGGUGGUCUGUUUGGUGUUUGGACCGUAUCAGUGCCUGUGUCAAUGCACGUCCACUCAUCAUCAACUUAGAAGAUGUUUCUGUCAAGUACACUACUUCAGCUCAGCACCCUGUUCUCGCCCAACUCAUUGAACAGUGUAAAAAUCUUGAACGAGUCAUUUACCUUUACCGUCCAAACCCUAUUUUAAGCCGUGUUUCUGCAGCUAUUUUUGGCGAACAAGUCCCCGAUAUCGAAGUUAAAGAUCCGGUAUCGGCCGUACUUGCUUUGAUCCAAUACACUGCCAUCAUUUUAGCUCACAAGAGAAGUACAGAUGAGUCUCGUAUUGAAGACAAGAGUCCACCAGACCAUGGGCACAUUUUACAAGGCACCAUCUCAAUGAACCAACAACAUCAACCACAACAACAGCAGCAACAACAGCAACAACAGCAACAACAGCAACAACAGCAACAACAGCAACAACAGCAACAACAGCAACAACAAACAACAGCAACAACAGCAAAGGCCCACGGGAGUGCCGGAACUGCCUAG